AUGCCGUCAAGAAAGCCACCGUUCGGGGCAAGGUCGUCCAGUUCUCGCGGGUUCACUCGCCAAUUCCGUCUGAACAGCCAGCGGUCAGAGACCGAGGCUUUGUUGGCGUCUCAGUACGAUGAAGAAGACCAGGCCGAUAGUGACGGCUUGUAUCCGCCACAUUGCACCUGGACGAGCAGCCAGAACGAGCCACCUCGCGCAGCAGAUGUGUAUAGAAAUGCCGACUGCAAUGUCUACGAAAACAUCCUCCGUCUCCGAAGAGACAUCAUCAACAGUAUCGAUGACCCAUAUUCGCUCGAGCAAUUGAAAGCGCCGCGCAUGAACAUCUCUGUCGUCCGUCCUCUGGUCGAUUCGCUCUACGAGAAGCAGGAUCUUUCGCUCGUAUAUUGCCUCCUCGUCAAUCGAAUGCAAUUCAUCCGUGAGCAGUCCUUCGCGACCCAUCAUCAGACAGUGAAUCUUACCCGCGCACUUCUUUGCGAACUGGUCGCCGAAAAGCUCCUUCGUCGGUACAACGAAAACAACCCUGGUCCCAGAGGACUCCUCAAACUGGCAAAUAUACUGGUCGCUGGUUUCGACCCAUUCCAGGGUGCUCCGCCCGAAGUCACCCAAACGAGCGCUCAUCCCAUGCACUGGGCGGCGAGAAAGAACGGCGCAAAGAUCGAAAAGAAGCUGACCGCGCUUGAACUGGCCAUUGUGAGCGCGAGCAAGAGCUUUCUGGCCAGUAGCGCAUGUCAGAAAGUCGUGGAUGCAAUAUACCGGGGCAAACUGGUAUAUACUCCGAGCAGCUUCAUCGACAUUCUUCCCGAUGGCUGGAAGAAGCGGCCAAUCUCCCUAUAUGAUCCGAGGAGAGCACCGUUGCUAAAUCAGUAUCGCCUGAUCGUGCCACGGACCCGGAAUAUCGUCGAAGUCUUCCAAUUCGUGAUCCUGCUUGGUUUGUAUGUCGCGGUGAUGAUGGGUCGUGAAACCCGAAUGACUCCAAAAUACACGGCUGUUGAAGCAGUGUUCGACAUCUAUGCUGCUGGCUGGGUUCUCGAUCAAAUCGCCUCGGUUCUUGAACACGGCUGGGGAGUCUAUACGCAGAACUUAUGGUCGUUUCUCGAUGCCACCUUUAGCACCAUCUUCAUGAUAUACCUGGUCCUUCGGCUGCAUGCUUUGCGACUCCAUGAUCCAAAUCAGUCUAUGCAGUGGAACCGUACAGCCCUUGACGUUCUGAGCUGUGCGGCGCCAGUCUUGAUUCCACGACUGGCAUUCAACUUCAUGUCGGAAAACAUGUUGUUUCUCUCUUUGAGAGCAAUGAUGUCCGAUUUCCUGACCCUCACGGCUCUUGCUGUUUGGUGCUUUGCGGGGUUCAUGUUAAGUCUGAAAUGGUUGCAUGCUGGAGCGCACUCAUCCAUCACAAUUGGCAAAUGGAUGAUUUGGAUCUGGUUUGGUCUGGACGGGACAGGCAUUGACGAGUCUGUGGAUUUCCACUGGCUCCUGGGGCCGGUGUUGAUGGUUCUGUUCGCCUUUCUUGGAAACACGCUGUUUCUGACCAUUCUUGUUUCGAUGUUGACCACCACGUUCGGCAGUAUCGUCUCCAAUGCCAUCCAGGAGAUCCUGUUCCGCCGAGCAGUUCUGACGUUUGAAGGAGUGAAAUCAGACGCCAUUUUUGCAUAUAUGCCGCCAUUCAACAUCCUGGCAUUGGUCGUCAUGCUUCCCCUCAAGUUGUUGGUCUCGGAAAGAAUGUUUCACAAGAUUAACGUCGCAGCAGUCCGCACCCUCAAUUUUCCGACGUUACUGAUUAUCGCCUGGUACGAAAGAAGGACAUUGUGGAUAUCCGACAAACCUCGACCACAGCAUGCCAGAAGAAUAGACUGGAAGAAUGCGAAUGGACCGAGAGCGACCAUUUCGCCAUACUGGGCUAUCUCGAGGUUCUCUGUGCACGGAGAUAUUCAAGCAGUGUUUGACAUCGACCCGCCGCAGCAAGUGUUGGACAAAAUUGCCGAAGAGGACGAUUUGGAAUACAGUGAUGGCAUUGGAAAGGCCGUGAACAAAAAAUUGACUGGGGGAUUUGACUCUACCCCGGCAUCCCGGCGGCCAAGUCGAGCAACGGAUUCGAAGCGACGAACGUCUGUGGAUGCGAGAGCUGAAAACAAGGGAAAAAAGGAUCCCAAGGCUUCGGAACAGCUCGAACAGGAAUUCCAAGAGUCGAGUGAGGCCGAAGACGAAGCCAGCCAUCCCCCACGAUACCGCAAGAUAAAGCGAGGGGAAAGGAUGGAUUCCAUCGUCGACUUUAGCGAUGAUGGCAACGAUAAACUGCUGGAGGCGAACGCACGGCUACACAAGAUGGAAGCGGCCAUAGCCAGGAUGGAGGCGAUGCUAUCGCAGUUCUUGAAUCAGGAUGCCAGUUCCGAGAACAGUGAAGGGAAGGCUGAGUUGGAGCAGGAAAUACAGACCAACACGAUCAAGUAG